AGCGCGCGGCACGGCGGCUGCACAGGCGUAGUGGAGCUCCGGCGGAGUUGUGGGAGGGUAGAAGGAAGAGGCGGAGGGGGGACGGGGGCAGGUCCCAGAAGAUGGCGGAGGCGGGGGAUUUCUGGUAGGUCAUGCUUUAGGACAAGAUGUACUGUUGAAGCAUCAUCUGCUUUGAUUCACAAACAGUGGAGCUUUUCAACUGGGACUCUCUCACCCCUACAGCUUAUUGAACUUAUGAAACCAUGGCGGAAGGAGAGACGGAGUUACCUGGGUCCAAAAAGUGUGGCCCAUAUAUCUCAUCUGUCACUAGCCAGAGUGUGAACUUGAUGAUUCGAGGAAUAGUCCUUUUUUUAAUUGGAGUAUUUCUUGCGUUAGUGUUAAAUUUGCUUCAGAUUCAGAGAAAUGUGACACUCUUUCCACCCGAUGUGAUUGCAAGCAUCUUUUCUUCUGCAUGGUGGGUACCACCAUGCUGUGGCACAGCUUCAGCUGUGAUUGGGUUAUUAUACCCCUGCAUUGACAGGCAUCUAGGAGAACCACAUAAAUUUAAAAGAGAGUGGUCCAGUGUAAUGCGGUGUGUAGCUGUCUUUGUUGGUAUAAAUCAUGCCAGUGCUAAAGUGGAUUUUGAUAACAACAUACAAUUGUCUCUCACACUGGCUGCACUAUCCAUUGGACUGUGGUGGACUUUUGAUAGAUCUAGAAGUGGUUUUGGUCUUGGAGUAGGAAUCGCUUUCUUGGCAACAGUGGUCACUCAACUGCUAGUCUAUAAUGGUGUUUAUCAAUAUACAUCUCCAGACUUUCUGUAUGUUCGUUCUUGGUUACCUUGUAUUUUUUUUGCUGGAGGCAUAACAAUGGGAAAUAUUGGCCGACAACUUGCAAUGUAUGAAUGUAAAGUUAUUGCAGAAAAGUCUCAUCAAGAAUGAAGAUGGCAAAAAUAUAUCUUUUGUACAGAAAAACAAGAAGAAAAGGGCAUGUAAAUGACAGAUAUAUCAACAAAACUAAGGACUAUAAAAUUGCCAGGGUGCAAUUUUUUCCUUUGAUCAGUGUGUAUAGAUAAUGCACACACAUGCUACUGCUGCAAUCUGUGAUUGCUUCAUCUGUAAAUCAGUUGCAAACCUUUAUGUAUUUGACUUAAAUAACUAAGAUAUAUGUGCACUACAUGUAAAAAUAUGUUGAUUAGUAGAUGGGAUUUUUAAAUUCAUUUUAAACAUACCAUACAUUGUAUCACAAUGUAGAUGUGCCAAAACACUCUCUUAUUGUCACAAAGAGUAUAAGAAUGCUUUGAACAAUUUAUAAAUGUACUGAAAUAAAGCAUAAGAGAAAAGCCAAAAAACAAACAAACACAAAGCAAAUGGGAAGCUGGUGUUUUCUCUUUCACCUACUGUUGUGUCUUUUUAUUUUUCUAAUCACAGCGGUAUGAGUUAUGCAUGCCCUGAUGUGUGUUAGUUUCUAUUUUAAUGUUGUUUCAGAGAAUUUUGAGUAUUUUAAUAUCUGAUGGCAAAGAACUUCCAUAGAAUGAUUUCAAACCUGCAUCAAACCCAAAGAGUAAUUUUCUGUUUUGACAGAUUUUGCUGGAGGUAUAUGUAAUGAGCAGGUGAGGUUAUCAGCUCACUCUGAGUCUAAAUUUGAAAGAAUGUAUGUAAUUAAAAGUUAGAAAGUUUAAAUAGAAUAAGUAAAUGUUUGGGGACUUCAAAGUCACCUUCUGCAGUGCCACGAAGUGUAGAGUGAUAUUAUCUGUCAUUUUCAUUAUAGAAGCUCACUGCUUUUGCACGAGCAACAUAUAAGAAACUCCAAACAGAUCAAAAUGAGGUUUCUCAUUCUAUUGGGUUCUGUAACAUAUUGGGUUCUGUAAAGCAAACCUCUUUAUUUAGGCUUAGUCAUAUGACUGUCAGAGGAAUGCCUGGAUUUGCAAUCUUAUAUGCAACUGGGAAAUAGAUGGGUAUAUGCUUUCUUAUGUAUUCAUGUCUGCUAGUGAGCGAAUAGUUCAAAUUUGCUGAAGAAUGUAUUCAGUUGGCAUUUUGUGCAUAUUAAAGAUCUUGGUAACAGUUUUUGGCAUAUCUUUUUAACAUCUAGAGCCAUUUAAGUAUGGCUUAAACAUAUUCUUAGCUAAUGUUUUCCCCCUAAUUUUUCUUUUUGAAAUUGUCGACAAUUGUCUGAUACACAAGGGCAAAAAUCUUCUGAGUAUUCUGGUGAGUGUGUGUGAAUGAGUGAGAGUGUCAAUGUAAAUAUGUAUGUGCAUGUGCUCUUGCUUUCCUAGAAUGUCAAGUGAAUAUUUUAAAAUUUUUGGUUUUAAAACAAUUACUAUCAGACUGCAAUCUUGUAUGCCAAACUUUAUUCUACUUUUAUGUUUUCAGGCUGAAAGUUUGAAAAAUCCUAGGAGGAUUUCAUGUUGAGUAUGUGUACACAAGCUUAACUAGAGUGGUGGUAAACAUACUACUAUAAUUUAUUAUUCUAUCUUCCAGAUAAUGUUAUUCAUUUAGAACAAAUAAAGUAUAUUUUUAGAAUCAACUUUGUAAGCAUUAUAAAAUCUUUAAUAAGUUAUAAGGUCUAUGAUGUAUUUACUUUGAAAAUUGCUGUUAAAAGCAAGAUGUAUUAAAUAUGUAAUUAUAA